AGUGUUGGAAAACCACGCACUGCCAUCGCUAAUUUCUGGACUCGUGUGUUUUUGUCUGCGGCUUUUUUUGACUGAAAAUGCACCUGCUGAGGCAAUUACGCCAGCUAAAUGGGCUCCGGAGCCUGCGGCAGUCCGCCCGCCAGGUGUCCAAUGCCCCAACCAAGCCGGCGACGCUGCAAUAUGAGCGGGAUCCGCAGCCGCUGUUCACGGACGCAGAGACCCAAAGGCUACUCCAGUCCAUGACGCAACUGAACUUGGAUCGGGUGUUCCGCAAGCGCACGGUGCCGGAUAACAGCGUAGAGACCAAGUUCAUGACCGACGAGCAGCUGGACAGUGAGUUCCAACACAUGGUGGAGCGGGCCAAGCACAUGCUGCAAAUGCCGCCGAUCGUAACAAUCAAAAAGGAUGAGGAGCGCAUAAUUGCAAAGGACCCGGCUUUGAAGGACUUUGCCAGCUCGAAGUACGUGUUCACGGACAUCACCUUCGGCUUGCGGCAGUCGGAGCGAAAGGUAGUGGUACGGGAGACCGACGGAACCCUAGCUUACGCCAACUUAGAGACCACCAAGCGAAUGAAUCAGCUGUAUUCCCCUCUGGAGGGCCGUCAGUCUUACAUCCCUCGUAUGUUCCUUUUGGAGGAGCUGUUGGCCAAGUGCCUGGCUGAACACAAGUAUGAGUUCGUGUUGGAUCGCCUCCUGGUGCAGUAUGAACCCCAUGAGCCAGAGUUUCACAAUAUUUCCGCACGCGUCUUCGAGCACCUCAACGAAUCGAAGCAGUUCGACCUCCUGCGCUCCACUCGCCACUUUGGGCCCAUGGCCUUCUUCUAUGCCUGGCACCGCUGCAUCGACGAUCUGCUGUACGACAUGAUCCGCCGGGACUUCCUGUCCAAUGCCGUGGAACUGAUUGCUCUGAGCUACAAGAUUCACAAUGUGCCAGUGGAGUAUCUGCCAACGCUGGCUCAGUUGGACGCCCUGCAAAUCACACCCGCACAGCGUGCUUUGUCAGAGCUGAGAAGUGUCUUCCGGAAUCGCGGGGAGCAGCAGGGCAUCGAGCAGGAGAUCCACACGGCCAUUGGCAAAACGGAGCAGGACUUUGCCGCCGACGAGAUCAGCCUCAAGUUCAUCGAGCAGUACAUCGCCAGCGAACACGCUCUGAAAAAGGUACAGCUGGAGCUGGCUGUGCAGACACUGAAGGAAGUCAACCGCGAGAAACUGCUGCUUUUCCAGGGAUUGAAGAAGGCGCAUGGCGUUCAGGCGUCGUAGGGUGGCUCAUCUUAUUGUUAUUGAUUUCUAUUUCUUAAAUAUAUACAAAAAAUGUGAAAAAAUA